AUGGCCUCUCAAGCUCUGGGCACAACUCCUCGGCCAUCCUUCUUAGAUCGCGUCGGGAUCUGGACGUUCAGCAUCGUCAACAGGUUCGUUCCAUGGCAUAAACUACCAGGACUGGUUGGAACCUUGCAGCUAUACCUUUUCCGCGUCGGACUGCGCGAGCAGAAUCUGUAUGAUGGCUACGCAUCAACAUCCGAACAAGGGAAUGCCCACGAUUUCCCCCUUCCAAACAAUCGGUUUCUGCAUGCGAGGAAUUCUGAUGGCACCUACAACUCACUGGAAAUGCCCUUGAUGGGCUGCGCUGGUAUUCGGUUCGGCCAUAAUUUCUCGAGAAAAGACACGCAGAAACCGUCUGAGAAGGAUCUCUGGACCCCCAACCCUCGCAUCGUGAGCGAACGGUUCAUGAAAAGGAAUAAGUUCAUACCAGCCACCAGUCUCAACCUCUUAGCUGCUGCCUGGAUCCAGUUCCAGAUACAUGACUGGUUUAAUCACGAAACUAGCGAGGAAUCUUUUGAAGUCCCUCUCUCAUAUGGUGACUCUUGGCCAGGCGGAGAGAUGAAAUUCCCACGCACAAAGCCAGAUAAAAUUCUGGAUCCAUCAGACGUGGAUUGCCCAGGGUACAAGAACACCAACACUGGCUGGUGGGAUGGCUCUCAGAUCUACGGAUCAAGCGAGGCUCUUACCAAGCAACUCCGCGACAUACAUCCCGAUGGGAAGUUACAGCUGGACGAGAAGGGGGCCGUCGCAUUUCUUCCCCGCGACGAAAAUGGAAAUCCAGUAACUGGGUUCAACAAUAACUGGUGGGUUGCGCUUGAGAUGAUGCAUACGCUCUUCGCUUUGGAACACAAUGCCAUCUGUGACAUGCUUCGAAGAGCAUAUCCGUCUUGGACAGGAGACGAGAUUUUCGAUAAGGCUCGCCUUGUUAACUGUGCCUUGAUGGCCAAAAUACAUACUGUGGAGUGGACCCCAGCAAUCCUGGCUCACCCGGCCUUGAAGAUCGCCAUGAAUGCGAAUUGGUGGGGCUUGGCUGGAGAAACACUCAAUAAGUUAGUCGGUCGCUUAUCCAAAACAAGCGAGGCUAUCAGCGGCAUCCCUGGAUCAGGAGCUGAGCAAGACGGCGUUCCCUAUUCACUCACAGAGGAAUUCGUCUCAGUGUACAGAAUGCACUCUCUCGUCCCUGACGACAUUGCGUUUUUCAACGCUAGAACCGGCGAGCAUCACUCUACUGUCCCCACCGUGGACAUGACAUUCUCUAAGGCACAGGAACCUUUCGUAGGCCCCAAGGCCCUGUCUUUUGCCGAUGCUUUCUAUUCAUUCGGUAUCAAUUACCCUGGGGCUAUUACCAACCAUAACUACCCUGAUUUCCUCCGAAACUUGACUACACCAGAUGGCAUUCCAACUCGAGACUUGGGGACUGUUGACAUCCUUCGCGACCGAGAGCGCGGAGUCCCCCGCUACAACCAGUUUCGCCGACUUCUUCGACUACCCGCGCCCAAGACAUUCGAGGAGCUUGUUGGUGGCGUAAAAGGCUCAAGCCAAGUCGCCAAGGAUCGAGCUUCCCUGGCACGAGAUCUAGAGGAGGUCUACGGCGGCGACAUUGAAGCUGUGGACGCUUUGGUGGGCAGCCACAGCGAGCCAUUACCUGAGGGCUUUGGUUUCAGCGACACAGCAUUUCGAAUCUUCAUCCUCAUGGCGUCGAGGCGUCUAAAGAGUGAUCGAUUCAUUGCCACUCAGUGGAAUGAAGAGACUUAUACGCCCGAGGGGUUCAAGUGGGUGCAAAACAACGGGAUGCGGGACGUGUUACUCAGAAAUCUACCAGGGCUGGGGAACGCGUUGCCGCCUUCUGGCAACAAUAUGUUCGCGCCUUGGCCGAAGUUGUCCGCUUCCGAGAGCUACAUUGGAAAAGAAACUAACCCAUCAGUUUCCUGA